AAUCCAAGCAUCCUCCUCAUCCGCCACUUCCGUGAUCAGAUCGAAAAGCUCGUUAUCGCUACACCGAGGCUUCCGUGAAAACCGCAGAAACAACAAGCAUUACGCGCAUAUCCAGAUAGUCUCGAAAAGAAGAGAGCGAGCAGAGAGACGGAGAGCGCGCGAGAGAGAGAGCGCGAGAGAGACCGAGAGAGGUGACGCUCAAUCGAGGGGGGAAAAAAGAGGGGACGAAAAAAAAAAGCGGGCUGCCGCCGCAAGGAAACGCGUGUCCGCUGCUGUAUUUUCUGCCAUCAACAUUUGCUGCUUCAACCACAGACCAAACUUAGGGGAGAGACUGGGAGAGGAGACCGUUGGUACGAGGGCAUAGAAGCCACAGAGAGGAACAUCAAGUGGGGAAAAGGUGCUGAUGCUGGUGCCAACGCGCGAACUGGCCCUGCAGACGUCGGCAAUCGUAAAGGAGAUCGGCAAGCACACUGGCGUGCAGUGCAUGGUCACAACCGGGGGCACUACCCUGAAGGACGACAUCAUGCGUCUCUACAACGUGGUGCACAUCUUGGUCGGCACCCCUGGACGCGUGUUGGACCUCGCGGACAAGGGCAUCGCAAACCUCAAGGAGUGCACCACUCUCAUCAUGGACGAGGCGGACAAGCUUCUGUCGCCCGAGUUCCAGCCCGUGCUAGAGCAGCUGGUGAACCACUGCUCCAGGAAGAGACAAAUCUGCCUCUUCAGCGCCACGUUCCCGGUGACGGUGAAGGACUUCAAAGACCGCCACAUCAGCAACCCUUACGAGAUCAACCUGAUGGACGAGCUCACGCUCAAGGGUAUCACCCAAUUCUACGCCUUCGUUGCGGAGCGCCAGAAAGUGCACUGCCUCAACACGCUCUUCUCCAAGCUGGAGGUCAACCAGUCCAUCAUCUUCUGCAACUCCGUCAACAGGGUGGAGCUCCUGGCGAAGAAGAUCACGGAGCUGGGCUACUCGUGCUUCUACAUCCAUGCCAAGAUGCAGCAGUCGCACCGCAACCGCGUCUUCCACGAGUUCCGCAACGGAGCCACUCGCCACCUGGUGUCUUCGGACCUGUUCACCCGAGGUAUCGACAUCCAGUCGGUCAACGUGGUGAUCAACUUCGACUUCCCCAAGAACGCUGAGACCUACCUCCACCGCAUUGGCCGCUCGGGGCGUUUCGGACACCUGGGCCUGGCGAUCAACCUCAUCACCUACGAGGACCGUCACAACCUCUUCCGCAUCGAGCAGGAACUCGGCACGGAGAUCAAGCCCAUUCCUGCUGUCAUCGACCGCGACCUUUACUGCCGCUGAGAUGCAACAAAAAGGCAAAAAAAAUGGCGUGACCCGCUUCUGUCUCCCCAUCAAACCUGCGAAGAAUGUCUGGGACCUGUUUAAAGCCCUGCUGAUGGUGUAAAAGAGGAACGUGAACGAGGUUGUUGGUUGGCCGGAUCGAGAGCGCUGGAGGGGGCGCCUCCAAGAGAUUUGUUUAUGACACUUUGUUUCACGUUGUUGUUCCACGUUGCAGAUGUGUGUACUUAAACGUGAUGACACAAAGGCUAGCAAUACGGUGUUGGUUCUUUCUACCAUACUUGUUGGACGGCAGGAUCCCGAAGAGGGGAAAGUUCAGCGCGGACGAACUAAGAGACCUCUCAUGUACAAUAUCCGACCUUGUUGGUGUUUCGUGGUUGUGUAUUGUUGUGCUUCGUUGCCCCCGUGGUGUGUCGGUGGGGUGGCUGCUCCUACUUUGUUCGCGGUAGUGCCGUCCGGUAGGUGGUGUGUAGCAUUGUGGACAACCAAGUGGGUUUUGAGGUUGGUGUCGACUGUGGGAACAGACUACGCGUGCAUAGCGGGGUCGCCGCUACCACCAAGCGCGCUUCGCUCGACGCUGCUUCCUUUUCGCUGGAAGAUUUCCAAUCGAAGCAAGGGGUUUUUGCCGAUUUCGUGGAAAACACUUGAUUCGAAGCGCGGCAUACCAAUGGUCAGUUUUUCAAAUGUUUUUUUUGUUGUCAGAAACGGCGAACAUUGACCAUGUCUUUUCCUCCGCCGUGUGUAGUAUGUGAAAAACGUUCGGGAACUACGUUGCUCCGUGCCAUGAGCGUGAGGGAUGGGGUUGUU